CGUUUGAGGAUUGUAAAGUUGAUCGUUUCCCGCAGUAUGAAAUCCAGCUUCAAAUUAGUUGCAAGUCAGUCGCCGCUAUGUACUAAGCAAAUACUAGUAACGUUACAGUGCAACUGUACGCGAUGGGUUGUACCAGCUGACAUUACACGCGCACAAACCCUUGUCGGCGGACAUUACGACGGCGGCGAUGCAUCGUCAUAGCGGCGACCGCCACUCCAACACAGCCGGCUACGGCGAUCACCACGGUCCCAGCAACAGUCGCUUCGUCUACUGACUCCACAGAGUUGUCAUGUGAAGACUUGACGGCUAGCAUCAUCGGCGGCGUAGACGGCAGGCGGUGCAGAGUGAACUGGGCCGGCCCAUUGCUCCGCCAGUCUCUCGCGUGCAUGAACAUGGCGUCUGGGACCCCGCCAAUGAUGGGCACACAGCCAUGGCAUCGACUCAAGUACGUGCCCAUAUCGCCCUUGAGCGCAAUUCGGUUGUCGGGCCCAGCUUCCUCACAUGUCCACUGGACGUUGGGGUCGACGAGGUAGUUUACCCCAGAGGGGGGCACGGCAAACGCUUGGUCCGGAAGGGUGGCCCCUCCGGCACAUCCGUGGCAGCGACCCAAAUACGCCCCCGUGUCCAGCACAAGAGUGAUUUUUCCAAUGUGGGGGAUGUUGCGGACUGUCCACUUGGUCGAAUAGCUCAGAGGGCCCAGAAGAAUCACGUCCCAGGUCGUCCUCGGCUUCCUCAGGCAACCGUUGCAUCGGCCGACAAACUCGCCCGUGUCGGCUUGCAGCCCAAUCACGUCGCCGUCUUUAAAGGUACAGACUGCGGAAGGAGGGGUGCAGGGGAGGUUGGGGGGGCUGGCGUUAAGCGCUUUUUGCGCAAAGUUGCAAAAGCUCCGGGGGCCUUGGUCGUACCCCGUGUUACCAAACUUGGACAGAAUGUCACACCCACACACCAUCUUGGACAGUGGCUUAGCUCCGGACGUGAUGGUGGCUUUGCAGCCUUCGGGGGCCACAUUGCAUUCCCUUCCGUUGUUGGACCAACACUGGACAUCGCCGUUUGCAUCAAGAGACAUGGGAGAGUUCGCCCACGGCCCCAACGUCGCGUCCGCAUCCUCCAGACACUUCCACACAGGAACGAGCGCGUCUUUAGCGAAGUUGCACCAGUGCUCGGGGCCGUAGUCGUAGCCAGUGUACCCGUACGCCUUUUGAUGCAUAGCGCCACACACCAACGGAUCGGGGGCGUCCGGUGCACUGUUGAUCGUGGAUUGGCAGUCGCCAUUGUUGUAGCAAGUGUGGUGAUUAAGAGACCAACACUGCACUUCUCCGUCGGCCGACAACGAGAACGGAAUCGGGUUGCCAGGAAUGCACUUCCAGUCGGUGGCAGCGGUCGAGUGAAGUAGUAGCGACAAGGCCUCUCCCCAAAACGAAAGCACACGCAUCGCUAGGGAUUGAGAGAAGCAAUUUGCAAAGUGAACUACAGGAAACUCGUGUGGCCAGCCACACGAGUAGUUAUAAGUCGAUCUAUAGCCACUCCCCACCAAAGCUCCAUGAACGUGCUGACGGUUGUGGACACAGCAAUCACCUGUACACUGUACAGUGCUGACGGUUGUGGAUACAAC